AACAACAUGCCUGAUCCAGCUAAGCCAGCCCCAAAGAAGGGCUCUAAGAAAGCCGUGACGAAGACUGCCGCUAAGGGAGGCAAGAAACGCAGAAAGUCCAGGAAGGAGAGCUAUGCCAUCUAUGUGUACAAAGUCCUGAAGCAGGUCCACCCGGAUACCGGUAUUUCUUCCAAGGCUAUGGGUAUCAUGAACUCUUUUGUGAACGACAUCUUCGAGCGUAUCGCUGGAGAGGCCUCACGCUUGGCUCACUACAACAAGCGCUCCACCAUCUCUUCCAGGGAGAUCCAGACCGCAGUGCGUCUGCUUCUGCCCGGUGAGCUGGCUAAGCACGCCGUCUCAGAAGGAACCAAGGCUGUCACCAAGUACACCAGCUCCAAGUGAAUUGUGCUAUACCAUCAACCCAAAGGCUCUUUUAAGAGCCACCCACGUUCUCUAAAUGGUAAAU